AUGGGCUGCGGAGUAUCCAAACACACGGUCGAGCCCACCAUCCCGACGAUCGAAGAGACCUCUGCCCCGGCCGGGCGAGUUCCGUCAGCACGCACCAUCCAAGUUACACCCUUGCACGAGCACAACGCCAGCAACCCUGAGCCCCAGAAGCACGACGAGCCCGUGUCUGCUGAGGCGGCAAGCGAGCAUGUCGCUGCCAAUGUGUCGCGCGCGUCGUCGUCAAGUACGAGGCCUGCUGGUUCGCUGCCACAGCCGCUCAAGGAGACGGGCGCCAUGACGGCUGCCCAGUCCGAGUCGACGACGUCGCUGGGUGCUUCUAUUGAAGAGAAGGUGCCUCCGUGUGCCGAGAAGCCAGACGGCGACCGUGCCCUGUUUAGCGCCAAAGGCCAUCUGAACAAGCCGCUGAUCCCAUCUAUUCCAAAGGACAGCACAUCGCAUUUGAAACCAAUCUCGUUCGAGAUCCCGCUGGAUGGGCUUAUCUCGCAUGGAAACAAGCCCGAGCCAGUCGAGACCACCGCCGAGCCACCCGCAAAGGAAGAAGAAGUCAAGGUGGAAAAGACCCUUUCGGUCUCGACCAAGCUGGCCCUUCCAAAGCUCGGACUCACAGAGAAGGAUCUGCAAGAAAAGUUGGCCAACACAGAAGCCCGCUGGAAGGUUGGUGUCGAGCUGGACCGACUACUGAACCCAUCGGAUCUGGAGAACGAACAUGCCAAGAGAAAGUCUGCCAAGCAUCGACCGGCAAAGCCCGCCAAGUGGACCAAGAAGGAAGAGGAUCCGACUGCGCUGAAGCGUCGCCUCCUCAACAAGGAAGCCCAGGCUGCCCACAAUCGACAGCGAGAGAUCGAAAAGCUCCAGGCCAAACUCGCUCUGCAAGACCAGCACGCCCGCAUGGUCCAAGAGCGCAAGCGCAAGAUGGGCCGGGCCUCCAACGAGGAUCUCAACCUGUCGUGGGGUGGCGAGAAUGGACUGGCCGAUGUGCUCACCACGCAGCAGUCGCUCGUCAAGGAGCUCCAAAGACUCGACGAUGCCGACUCGGGCAAGGGCUCGUCUUCUGCCAGCCUGAGCUACGGACAAAGCCGCAGCGGCAGCGGACGAAGCACCAACACCAAUGUCGAGAUCACCGACACGGUCUCGCCCUUGACGACCCAGCUGCAGCCGACAGCCAUCGCCCUAUAA